CAGGCGUCUGGGCUCCCAGCUCCUGUGCCAGCCAGCAGAUGUUGGCCAGGCGGGUUUAUCCAGCAGCUGCCCUGGUCAGGAUGGCGACAGGCCAUGGGGGUGAGGAUAAUCCCCUGACGUGGGAGUGACUAUAAACCCCCCCACCCAGCCUGGCACGGCCGCCUCCUCCUCCAGCCACGGCUCUGGCUCCGGGGCAGCAGCCGGCACCAUGCAGAACGCCCUGGGGCCCGCCUGCAUCUUCCUGCGCAAGGGCAUCGCUGAGAAGCAUGGGCACCGGGAGCUGGGAGCCGAUGAAAUUGAAGAGCUGCGCGAGGCCUUCGCGGAGUUCGACAAGGACAAGGACGGGCUGAUCGGCUGCAAGGACCUGGGCAACCUGAUGCGCACCAUGGGCUACAUGCCCACCGAGAUGGAGCUCAUCGAGCUCUCGCAGCAGAUCAACAUGAACCUGGGGGGCCGGGUGGAUUUCGAAGACUUCGUGGAGCUGAUGACACCCAAGCUGCUGGCCGAGACGGCCGGGAUGAUUGGGCUGCAGGAGAUGAGGGACGCCUUCAAGGAGUUUGACACCAACGGGGACGGGGAGAUCACGCUGGACGAGCUGCAGCUGGCCAUGCAGCGCCUCAUGGGCGAGCGGCUCACCCCCCGCGAGAUCAGCGACGUGGUCAAGGAGGCCGACAUCAACGGGGACGGGACCGUCGACUUCGAGGAGUUUGUGAAGAUGAUGUCACGCUGAGGGGCCUGAGCCCUGCCGAGAUCAGAGACUGACCUUGGGGGGGGGGGGUCGAGCCCGACUGGCUGUCAAGACACCACUAUGAGUUACCCCCAAAUCGCUGCAUCCUGCCCCCCACCUCCCUGCCAACUACCCCCAGAGUCCCCAAUGCCUUCCCCAGCCUCCUCUUCCCCAGCCUCCUCACCCCCAGCCCCCUCCCACAG